AUUGGGAAUGAGGAUUGUAAACACACUCGAGUGACUUGAAGCUGAGGUGUCAAAAAACACAUAGAUCAUAUUAAUUGUCAUUUAGUUUUGUGUGUUCAAUAAGUAGAACCUCUCUAUUUAGAUAACACGUGCCUAUGAUGGACUCAGAGACACUGUAUUGAACAUCCUUGAGGUUCCUGCCUUGCUAUAGGAGAGAUCAAAGCACAGUGGAAAACUAUACCUACGUGAAUCCCUGAUACACAGGCAAAACCAGCAAACUUGAGAACACUCUUUAGGAAAGACUGAGUUCUGCGGUGCCUGUGUCUCAGCUUGCUUGCCCCUGCUUGGGUGCCGCUUCAGAGAUCUCCCAGUUGACAAGGUAACAAAUAAAUUUACUCUUUGCAUUUCAUUUGUGGUUUUGUGGUUGUUCCUGCUUCCUGCCUUUGUCAGCUCACGUGCAGGCCAUCUGAUGUAGCUGGGCAUACUUAGGGAUUUAAAAAUGAUAGCGAGGCACGUUGUUUCCAUACUGGCAUUAUUGCAACUCUUAACAGUAGUCACAUCCCUGAGAUCCGUACUUGUUGCUUUUAAGGAAGGUUGCAUGUGUAAAAAUAGUGUCAUCUGCUGUUUCUCACUGGCAGACACAUUAGUUUUACUAAGUCUGCUUUGUUAGUAGAUAAUUUCUUACUUUCAGAUGUUGUGAAAAAAAAUUAUUAUUUUUUGUGUUGGAUUUUUUUGUAGUAAGCCAUUUAUACAAAUGAAAAUUCACCACCAGGAUAGUAACGUGGAGGUAAAGUGACACCUUUGGCCUGUGCUAUGAAACAAGUCCUGAUAGGGUUUUCAGAGAAAGUAAGCCAUUGCAAUUUCAUCAUCAUGACUGCAUUUGUAGCUUAAAAGAAGCUUAGACUUUAAGCCUCACUAACAAUUUACUUGGAAACAGAAACACACUGUGUGGCUUUGCAUCAGUCUCAUGUGGGUUAUCUGCAGUCGUCCUCCCCUUCAUCUCACUGCUGGUAGUAAUCCUUUUAGAUGAUUACAUCUGGUAUCCUCAACAGACAGAUGUAAUCAUAAUUGAGAGAGUACUUCAAGUGGGUUUAAUUAACUGUUUGGUCAUUUUAUUACUAGGACCUCUUGUGACUUAUAACUUUGCCUUAAGUGAAGUGAACUUAUGGCCUGUUAGGACACAAUAGUCUAUGCUGUUACAUGCAAGCAUUGGCUAUUUGGUCAAAACUACAAGAAUCAAGUAUUGAGCAUUUUUUUUCUGCUCAUGAAUCUCUAAUGCAGCUGUACUAAAUGUCACUGUAAUAUCUGAUUACCAAUCUGUGGCUGAGGCGUUUGAGAAAAGUUGUCUGUCAGCGGGUGAGCAGCAGCUAGCUCUUCCUAGAUACGUUUUGUUUAGCUCAAGAGAAAUGUAUACUUCCGUGUGGGGAGCAUUUGCAUCAGCGUGGCUGAUGGUCUGGAUGUGAAUAGCUAUUAUGAAAUCAGUCAUCCUAAGAAUGGGAAAUCUUUGUGCUUGGGCAAAAUUGCAGUAAUUUAUUUCUGAGUCGCAAGCAGGCAGAGUUGCAUAAUUGGCAUUUGGCAGAGAAAUAUUUUUAUUUUCCUAACCCCUCUCUAAUCUUUCAGCUAACGACAUUUGGUUUUUAGCUAGUGAUAUUUAUCUAUGUGCAAAUUAUUUAUCUGUUUUAAUUGGAGGAGAGGUAAAGCUAUUGAAAGCAAGCGGUUGACCUGGUUAUCCAUAUGGAUGUGGACUCUGAGGUUUUUUGAACUUCCUUUUCCUGAAGGAAGGUCUUUGGAAUGGAUCUGAGGAGCUGAAAAAGCUCUGGUGAGUUCAGUAAAAGUUGGUCUAGAUUUGAGAAAAUUAAUGACGUCUGCAGAUGCACACUUAAUGUGUACAGAUCUCAGUUCCUAAACAGAAACUGAGUUCAUGUGCUAUCUUUGAGGUGGCAUCAGCAGGAGGAGAUGUCCAUAAUGAAUGUAGCUGUGUUCUUGAAACCUGUUGUCCAUGCUUUUCCUUCAGAAAAAAACAUGUCUUGUUAAACACACACUGCACAGAUUCCAUAGUCACUCUGGCAGAGGAGCCAUUUGUGAUCCCCAGCCUCUGCAGCACAAAGUAAACAAAGAACAUUGGUGUCCAACCUGUGCUAAACAAUGAAGCGUGGUGCACUAGCAAGGCAGUAACACUGUAGUUACAGGCUAUGUUGGCCAGGGUGAGGUUGUUCAGGUGUUUCUACGGUUUGGUGCUCACUUCAAGUUUUGUAUGUUCAGACCUGUGGUGUUAGGCCAUGUAACUGAUAUUGUUUCUAAGCUGUGUACAGACGGGGAAAGGGCUGAUAACUGUGACAUCUGUUCUCGACAGAGAGUUGUAGCACCUGCCCUGAAAAAGCAAGAUGGCAUGCAUUUGCAAGCUGGAACAAUAAAGAGUAGGCCAGAGAGGUUUUGGGAAAGUAAUCCAAGGUUUUCAUUUUUUUGAUUAAAGGUUAUGAGUUGUUUUAUGUGAGGUUGCAAUCCAUUCCACUUCUGAUACUUGGCAGUUAUUUCAUUGUUUCUUCCCAAGGACUUUCUGCACACCCCUGGUUAGUUUUGCAAAGGGGAGGAAGACCAUGGAAGCUAGGUAGAAAAUGUAGAACAUUUUGUCAUCCUUCGGCACACUGCUCUCUCAAAACAUGCCAAAGCACAAGUAGGAAACCACUACCUACUAUCGCUGGCAUCUACAAAACAGUCAUUGCCUUCUAAGCCAGUAUGUGCAGAGACACCUGCAAAAUACAGAAAAGGAAAGUGAGUUAGACUCUCAUAGCUUCCCUUUGGACUGGCUGCUUCUGCACUUAGGGGUGCCGUGUACCUCACAGCCAGCCCCAGGGUCAAACUGGCCCAGGUACAUCAAAACACAUUUCAACUCCCCCCUGGCUAUACCUCUGUUUCUUUUAUCCUAUCCAUGAGCAUGGCUUGCAAACCAGGGCAUGGAAACGCAAGCAUAGGUUUUCUACGCCUGGGUGGAAAUUAUUCAGGGCACGGACUGUGUGGGAUGCUUUCUUCUCCUUCAGCCCCUUAUGGGAACUCUAGUCUCAGAUUAUUUCCUCAGCAGCUUUUGCCUACUCUGUAGUAGUUAAGUCAGUCUUUUUCCUUGCACAUGUAGGGCCUGGGGCCCUGGGCAUGUGACCCAGUGCUGAACAAGUCUCUGUUUCAGCACGGGGAACGUAAGUGUUGUGCAUACACUUGAGUGAAAAGUGAGUGAAAUUAGGACUGUGGGAGAUGCCAGGCUUGGUCAGGAGUAUGCCACAACCACUUUGAGCUGAGAUAAUAUUUCUUCACCUGUGGAUGUUCACAUUUCACUUGAAGUGCGUUGUCAAAUUUCCUCUGGGUCUACAUCAUUGUGCUGCCAGAUACGUGUAAGGAUUUCUAUUCUUGGGAAUUCUUCCAGCAUUAAAAAACCAGUCCAAUGGAGUAGAGCUGCUUUUGAACAAGCCUCAAAUAAGACUCUCCUUUGGUUUAUGAACUCUGGCGCAUCUCUGAACCUGAGUUCAGGUUCUUGAUGUUGUUUGGUAGUCAUUUCUGUUUUGCUUGUUACAAGCUUCCAAAUGCUUCUGAAGUACCAGCUUGUUAACUGACUGCUGAGGUGACAAUACAAGGUUUAAUCUGCAAUGCUUCUUUAGCCCAGUCCUUGAUGAUGGAAAAGCCAAAGAAACAGCUGAACCUGGUAGAAAGACCCACUGAAGCCAAAUAACUUAGCUAGCACGUUUUGUAAUCAACGUGUUUCUGAGAAGCAAUAAGAUUAAGUGGAUCAGCUGGUGUGCUGUGUGCCUGGUGGAAAGAAGCUUAUUUAAAUGAAGAGGACAAGAGAAUCUGUGCCUUAGCCCAGAAAGGAGAUGGGUUCAACAGAAGACCUUGACUAUCCUCAAAUCAUCUUGCAAUACAGCAGCGGAUUUUUAGUCUCAAAGGUUAUGUUCACUGCCUGUGAGCUGGGGGUGUUUGAUCUUUUGCUGGAGUCAGGAGAGCCUCUAUCUUCAGAUGCCAUUGCUGCAUGCUUGGGUACCAGCACCACGGGAAUGGAAAGACUGCUGGAUGCCUGUGUGGGAUUGAAGCUCUUGGCAGUAGAGCUGACACAAGGAGGAGCCCUCUACAGAAACACAGAAAUUUCCAACAUCUACCUUACAAAAUCAAGUCCCAAGUCUCAGUAUCAUAUUAUUAUGUAUUACUCCAAUACAGUGUACUUGUGCUGGCACUACCUGGCUGAUGCUGUGAGAGAAGGAAGAAACCAAUAUGAAAGAGCUUUUGGCAUUUCAUCUGAAGACCCUUUUGGAGCAAUGUACAGGUCAGAAGGAGAAAUGCUGAAAUUUAUGGCUGGCCAGAACUCAGUAUGGAGUAUAUGUGGCAGAGAUGUUCUCGCUGCAUUUGACCUUUCCGUUUUCAAGCAGAUUUAUGACCUGGGAGGAGGUGGAGGAGCUUUAGCUCAGGAGUGUGUUUCUUUGUACCCAAAUUCCACGGUCACAAUUUAUGACUUGCCGAAAGUUGUGCAGGUAGCCAAGGAGCAAUUUGUUCCCCCUGAGGAGCAUCGAAUUACUUUCCAUGAAGGAGAUUUCUUUAAUGAUUCAAUUCCAGAAGCUGAACUCUAUAUUUUAUCCAAAAUACUGCAUGACUGGGAUGAUGACAAGUGCAAGCAACUGCUGUCAAAAGUCUACGCAGCUUGCAAACCUGGUGGUGGAGUGCUGUUGGUUGAAUCACUUCUGAAUGAAGAUAAAAGUGGGCCUUUAGAAACCCAGCUGUAUUCAAUGAAUAUGCUGGUCCAGACAGAAGGAAAAGAGCGAACAGCAGAAGAGUACAGCAGACUCCUUGAGGCAGCUGGCUUUGGAGAUAUUCGAGUCAAGAGGACUGGAAAACUCUAUGAUGCUGUUUUAGGAAGGAAAUAAAAGUACCUCUUUUACUUAUCUAACAUGCUAGGAUAAAUGAAGAAAUGUGAUAUUCUCUUUUUAGAAGACAAGUGUGAACUUAGAUUUUAGAUAAGAUAGCCCACUUUUUUUGUAAGCUGGUACAUUUUCAGGAGAAUCACGAAUGAUAGACAUCAAGCAUGAAUAGAUUGUGAGCCUGGCAGCCUGACUAGGGUUUGCCUUUGACUCUGGAAGGGAGAGAAAGAAAUCGGCACCUGUUCUACUAGAAAUAAACCAAAAGAAAUGUGCAGUGUGUCUGCUUCAGAUUUUUGCAUUCUUCCUAAUUUUAACACUGUAACUGACAAAAGCGUAACUAAAUUUGUACUUGGAUUCCUGCAAAA